AUGACUUCUUUUUGUUAUUUUUUUAAAUUAUCUUACAUUUUUAUACUAUUAUCAUUUGUAUGGUGUGAUAUAAAUGUUAUCUAUCAGACAGAUCCUAGGACUGGAAUGAUUUUUGAAGUUCCAUUACCAGCUACAUAUAUUACACCAGUGAAAGGAUUAGCAACAUUUUAUAACUCAUCAACUCCAGGUUUUCAUAAUGGUAAUAUUCAAGGAGUGGUAGCAUUUUUUCAGGCAAAUUUUCCAAAUAAUCAAGCUGUAGUUGUUGAUUGUCAAUUAGAUUUUCCAGAUUAUAUGAAUAGUAAAGCAUUUUCAUUAGAAAUACUUUUGAAUGGUGAUUUAGAUUCAGAGUAUUGUAAAAAUGGAAUGCGUUUUGCUGAUCCAUUAGUAAUUAAAAUACCAAGAGGUGAAAAAUAUUAUGUUGGUGCUAGAAAAAGAAAUGAUAUUUCAAUAAUAAAUCAUAAUGAUAGUAUUAUUGGAAGAGUCUUAAGAAUAACAUGUGUUGGUUGUGAAGAAAGUCAAAGAAUUUUAGGAUGUGCUUUAAUUGGACGUGUUGAUGAUGAAGUAUAUAUAGAAAAAGAUCCACAAUUUAUUGAUAAUCAAGUACAUUUACAACAACAACUUUUAAGAACACAAAAACAACUACCACAUAAGAUGAUUAGAAAGAACCAUCGUAAAUUGCUUGUCUUAGCUUAA